AUGGUGUAUGGUAUGGUUAUGGUUAUGGUGGCUACAACCGGCGCAGAAAUGCUACCAAUUGUUAUGCGAUGGAUCAGAAUGAAGAUGCGACCGCCUCCUGUGCGCACUGUCCCAAAGAGAGGCAAGGAAUCAUACCGCGAGAUGAUUCACCGCGCUGUUGAGACCGGAUCAAGCAAGCAGGUAAUCCAACCUUUGGAGCUUCCGACCGACGUUCAACCAUCGACAAAUGCGAACGAAACGAGUCCUGAUGGAACCAAACCUACUGCCGAUGGAUGGUCUGGUGGAACCGCUUGCAAUGAACUCAACUGGCAAGAAGAGACGAGCACAGCCGACACUACAUCUGGUUGGGAUGUCCCGAAUGAUUGCGAUGAGGUUGAACCCGUCCAGUCCACCGACUCCGGUUGGUAG